AUGACGAUGUCACGCAUCGGAUUCUUCGACCUACCCAGGGAGCUCAGGAACAUCAUAUAUGAGGCCUACGUGACUAUCGAUGGCGGUUACAUUUGCGACACGGAGGGGUUCAUCGCGGGCAAGCUGAGAGGCGCGAACAAGCAGCCUAUCGAUCUGGCUCUUGCCUACACCUGCAAACAAGCCGCAACCGAGCUCAACGGCCUUGCUCUUCGCAUCAAUAAUGUCACCUUUUCGACUCUUUACAGAGAGGACUUGAGUGUUCUCGCCCUCCACUUCGACUUUUUCAUGGACCAUCUUGAAUUCGACAGGCGACAUAUGUUCAAGUGUCUUUUCAGCUGCAUUCCAGACGCAGCGGGUGAACUGAAGAAGAUCUAUCCACAGUUCAGUCCAAUUCUGGAUGUGCUACAACUCGGGGACAUGACGAGGCAACGAGAAGUCGCCUUGUUAGGCACUUACGGAGAGGCGCCUUCUGUUUGGAACAAAUUUAUCAAGGACGCUCUAAGCCUGACGUCAACUCAGAACUGCGAAUCAUUCUACCGAAGAAUGGAAGAGUAUUGGAUCAAGGAGGUGGAUAGGAACAGCGAUGAUGAUCAAUGGACCUUUGACGCGCAUCCUCCACCCGAUCGGUUUCAGCAGCGGUGGGAUUUACAGGGCUUACCGUCCUACCAGGUCACCUUCAACGUGGCUCUUUGGGUUACGGAAGCAAUGGCUCUGAUUCCUGCCGGCAUGCCACCUGAUUCAUUUCGUCUCGUUCUGGAUGGCGGUCCUGCGCCGGCAUCAUGUCGACAUCGUCUAUGGUUGGUCUCACGUCAUUACAACUUCCACGGCUAUACCUUUGAAGACUUCCCCCAGACAAUGAGAGAUAUCGCCGAAAGAGAUUCUAUUGUCAGUUUCAAUUUUGAUACUGGUCUUCCUGAAGAUGUCGACAGAAUUGUCCAGGAACACCGGCAUUGGGACUCUCAUGGCGUGUGGAAUGACGAGUUCUUCAAUGCCCAGGAGCCGAAGGGCUGGCAGACUGCAGCACCUCUGCCAGACUGGCAGACGAUUCUUAGGGAAGACUCCUUGGAUGCCAAACUUGAUCUCGGAUUGAAGUCUUUCGAUUUCGGCUUCUUUCGAGGUGGCAAGGAAACCCGGACGUUUUGA